CAGAGCUGAGUUUUAUUUGUGCUCUCUUUCCUUUAUUUUGUUCAUUGUAUUCGCCAUCAUUCUCAUACACACCACGCGAUUUUGAUUUCAAUGAAUUCAUAAUAGAUAGGAAAGCGUCGUAUGUGCACAUAACGAUAGUUAGCAUAGAACGACAAGCAGCGCAUAAAGCAAUGUGAAAUUAUACUCAUUAUCAGAAUUUAACGCGCACACAGUUAACAAAUUUCUUAGAUUUUCAUACACGCGUAAACACAAACAAAUUUCAUGGACUAAAAAUAUAUACGAUCGUGCAUAAAACGAGUACAGUAUGAGUGUAUUUGAGUCGCGUCCGCAUUUGUAGUAAUUAAAAUUUGUUUGGACAAAAUUCAGUUCGACAGUUUUAGUUCCUUCAGAGCAUUCUAUUGGUUCGCAUCGACCGAAAAUUGUGCAAACAAAAACACUGUGAUGUAAUUUGAGCAAUUGGAAUUUACUCAAGUGUGUUUGUUGUUUCAAUUCUCUGUGCCGAAAUCGGAGCCGGCAAAUAAGCAAUUUAAUUGAUUUAACAGCAAAAACAAAUAGCUUUUGUAAUUUCAAUAUUUAAAAAAAAAUUGCAUUCGCUAUUCAAUGCAAUUUAGCGAAAAAAGUUUAAGCAUUUCGAUCACAUUCAAAUGAAAUAAGAAAAAAUGAUGUCCGGUGCAAAAUACGUCGUAUUUCUUAUUGGAGUCAUAUUUUUAGUAUUAAGUGAUGUGAUAUAUGCAAGCAGCAAUGAUGCGGACGACAGUAGUGUAGGAGGAGAUUUUGAUGUGAAAGUGUUCACUGUUGCAUCGGAAGAGACUGAAGGUUAUUUGCGAUACAUUCGAUCGGCCAAUUAUUACGAUGUAGAGGUACAAACAUUGGGAAUGCACGAAGAAUGGCUCGGUGGCAAAAUGGAGAGUUAUGGCGGCGGUUACAAAAUCAAUUUGUUACGUGACGCACUUGAACCGUACAAAGAUGAUGACAAGAAAAUUAUUUUAUUUACUGAUAGCUACGACGUUCUAUUCACAACGAACACCGAUGUCAUAGUGCACAAAUUCAAGAAAACGAAUGCCCGUAUUCUGUUCGGUGCCGAAAAGUAUCUAUGGCCGGAUGAAACAUUGGAACAUCUUUAUCCGGUCGUUUCAAAGCAUUUGCCAAAAUAUUUGAAUUCGGGACUGUUCAUGGGUUAUGCAUCCGAUGUUUAUGAAAUGCUCAAAGCACCAAUUAGAAAUACCGAAGACGAUCAGCUGUACUACACCAAGGCAUUUUUGGACAAUAACAUUCGCACAAAAUUGAAUAUCAAGCUUGAUUAUGAGUCUGAAAUCUUCCAAAAUUUGAAUGGGGCCUCAUCAGAUGUUCGGGUCUUGUACAAUGAAGCAACUGGUGAAUAUUUCGUUAAAAAUAUUCAGUCUGAUACCAUGCCAAGUCUGGUGCAUGGCAAUGGACCAAGUAAAGUGUUAUUGAACAACUUUGGAGCAUACGUUGCUGGCGCCUACAAACACAAAGAAUGCCAACUGUGUAAAGAGAACAAGUUUGAUAGCAAAGAGGAUCAAGUAAACUCACCAAAAAUAACCAUUGCAAUCACCAUUGCGAAAGCAACACCAUUUUUAGAAGAAUUCUUUGAUUCCAUUUUGGCUUUGGAAUACCCAAAGGACAAAUUGAACAUUUUCAUUUACAAUAACGUUGAAUAUCACAAUGAAUUGGUACAAAACUUCAUUGAGACUCAUGGUGCCACAUAUGCUGGCGUUAAACAAAUCAGACAUUCUGACUCAUACAAAGAACCGAUCGCCCGGAAUUUGGCCGUAAACUAUGCGGAACGUGAAGCAAGCGAUUUUCUAUUCGUUGUUGAUGCAGAAGCACAUAUCGACAAUCCUUCUACUCUAAUUCGUUUAAUCGAACGAAAUCGCAAUGUAAUUGCACCGGCAAUGUCGCGCUAUGAAUCCUCUUGGAGUAACUUCUGGGGCGCAUUGAGUGAAAAGGGCUUCUAUGCACGUUCGCACGACUACAUGAGCAUUGUUAAAAAUGAAAUUCGAGGACUAUGGAAUGUUCCGUUCAUAUCGUCAUGUUAUCUGGUGAAAAAGUCAGUGUUCCCGAAAAUCACUUAUGCCGACGAUGAUCUCGAUGCGGACAUGGCAAUGUGCAAGAAUUUGCGAGCUCAGCAAAUCUUCAUGUACGUAAACAACGAAGAAUACUAUGGUCAUCUGGUUAAUAAUGAGGACUUCAAUCCGAUGUUAACCAAUCCAGAAUUUUAUAUGUUAAUCUCGAAUCAGUUGGACUGGGAGAAUCGAUACUUGCACCGCGAUUACGUUAAUCAAUUGAAGCCCAAUCAAACAUACAAACAACCAUGCACCGAUGUGUACUGGUUCCCAGUUGCCAAUGAACGUUUUUGCGAUGAUUUGGUGAAAAUUGUUGAGAGUUAUGGUAAAUGGUCUUCCGGUACAAAUGAUGAUGAACGUUUAGCAGGGGGCUAUGAAGCUGUGCCUACACGAGAUAUUCAUAUGAGCCAAGUUGGAUUGGAGGCAGUUUGGUUGAGAUUCCUUUACAAUUAUGUACGACCAUUGCAAGAAGCUGUAUUUUUGGGCUAUUAUCAUACACCACCACGAUCAAUCAUGAAUUUCGUGGUGCGUUAUCGUCCCGAUGAACAACCAAGUCUGAGACCGCAUCACGAUUCAUCUACUUAUACCAUAAAUAUUGCAUUGAAUUCGGUUGGAAAGGAUUAUGAAGGCGGCGGAUGCCAUUUUAUACGAUACAAUUGCUCGGUAACCGCAACACAAAAGGGAUGGAUGCUAAUGCAUCCUGGCCGUCUGACUCAUUACCAUGAAGGCUUAAGAGUAACAAAGGGCACACGUUAUAUUAUGAUUUCAUUUGUUGAUCCAUAGAUUUAUUGUCAAGUGUUUACUGUAUGGCGCACAAAGAUGCUUAACUUCAACGUACAAAAAUCCAAACAAACAAAAAUGACGUGUCAAAUAUUCAAUUGUGUGUAUGAGAGAAAUCUACCGACUUUUUUUAUUUAGAUAAAUUUACAUUGACUAUUUUGUAAAAAAAGAAAACGUUUUGUGUAUUGUAAUUGAGUUUUUAGAUAUUUUUCGAUUAAAGCUAUUCGUUUGGAAAAUGA